AUUUAAUAUAAAGAAUUACAUAUCAGGUUUUGUUACAAAGGAAAUCAUAUGCUUCAUUAAAUUGAGACAAACCUUUUAAAGCAAAAUCCUGAAAUUUGCGAAAUCGUAAACAAAGUUUAGAAAGUUACCUUAUCACCGUUUGGCAACUUCCGCUGAGCAAUGGCAUAUCCAAUCAAAAACCCAAAUGACCCAGUACUGCAAUCUCUGAAAAAAUCUCUUGGACUCGAUCAGCCUCGUCCAAACUCUGAAUCUUAUCCUAAUGCAGUAAAUAUCCCUCUAUAUGGUGAGAUUCAAUUUGUCCGAGACAAAGAUGGUAUGUUGUUGUUAUCGGCGAUUGUUGCCUACUGGAUUUAUGGUAUAUGGUCAUCAUACUAUGUGAUUAUAGAACCUCAUUGGCGUGAUGGACUCAUUCCAGAUUGGAUUGUAUAUUAUCAUUUUAUAGUUGCAAUAUUGUGUUUAGUGUCAUUAUUUCGUGCAUCAACUGAGAAUCCUGGCAAAGUGCCAUUUGUGGAAGAAAAAUUUGCACAACUUAAUAGUUGGGAGCCAUGUCCAACAUGUGGAAAGUGGCGGCCAAAUAAAAGUCAUCAUUGUCGAAGGUGUAAACAGUGUGUCCUUAGAAUGGAUCAUCAUUGUCCAUGGAUAAAUAACUGUGUUGGUGAGGGGAAUCAUCAUCUGUUUUCACUGCUGCUGUUUUAUGCCUUUUUGUUUAGUUUCAACACAUUUGUCUUCAUGAUGCUACAUUUCUGGUAUUGGCCAAAAUGUUCAACAUGUGAUCCUGAAUCAUUUCCAGUAAAAUAUGGCAUAUGGUUUUCCUACCUAAGUUUUGUGAUGUCCUCUGCAAUGGCAGUUUUCAUGUUUUCACAAUUCUUUUCACAAUAUUUUAAUUUACUUCUGAAUAGAACAACAAUAGACAAUAUGAAAGUUAAAAGUGUUGAUGAUGUUGACUAUACCACGUUACGCAUCCGAGGUGCAAUAAAUGCAUACAGUGAUCAUUGCGGGACAAGAAGAUUUUACCUUUGGCCGUGGCCUUGUCGGGGAAGAAGGUCGACCAUUAUGACGGAUGUUUGUUAUGCGUAACAUUGAUAAUGUAUGAUAUUAAUGUCAUUUUAAUGUCGUUUGCCUACGUCAGCGAAAAUACAGAGAAUGUUCGGCCUUUUGUUAAUUUGAUGACGGUUGUUUUUAUACAAUGCAUUCCAUGUUAUUAUUUGUAAAGUUGAUUAAAAAAAAAAGGUGUCAUAGAUAUAGUAUAGGGAUAUUAUGUUCAAAGCAAUAUACUAGUUGACCAGUUAUAGAAUGUAUAGCCACAAGGAAGUAGAUUGUAGAUAAAGAUGAAUUUGAUUGAAGAAAGAUAAAGAGAAAUUGGAUCAAUUCCUUUUACUGUCGUUUACCAAUAUCCAAUUACUGAAAAUUUUGAUAUAAGGGCUUCUAUAGCCAAGUUUUAAACAUGACUUUAAAUCACUUGCCCCUCAUUGAUGAAGGUUUAAAUCCCACCAGGGACUUAACAUACUUUUUCAUUUGAGGAAGCUAUCUAACUAGCUUAUGGAAUGUUGAUUAAUUUUACUGGGGUCCCAGCUUGUGCAAAAAAAAUAUGCAUGGAGGCACACCUUAUGUUUUCCUCCUGGUUAAACUGAAAAGUCGCUAUAUAACAAUUUCUUUGAGGCAUUAAACAAAAUCAAAAGAAAGAAAAAGGAAAGGGAUAAUUUUGAUAUUUAUUUAAUGGUAUAUAACUUUCCCUUAGGGAUACACAAAGAUUAGAAUGAUAGUGUGCUUUGCUAGCUUAUUGUUAUCGUAAAUUUGGUGCUAAAUAUAGCCAUGGUUGGCAUUCACUUGAAACAUUUUAAAAUCAUCUAGAUAUUUAUAUGAACCGUUUCAAGUACCAUAAUGUAUUUUAAUGUGUAAGUAAUUUUUAUCCAAUUCCACUAACCAGUAAAUAAAUGCCUUUUAACUGGCAACUGGUAAAGUUUCAAUUUUCAUAUCUGAAAUGUUUAAUAGUUUUUGUGUUGACUCAUUUACUUGGGGGGGAAAAAGUAUUUUAGUAAUCUUUGAAAGUUUUAUAAAGUACAUGUCAUUUAAUUUCAAGCGGUAUUGAAAGAAUACUUCAGUGAAAACUGAUAUGUUUACUAACGGAAAACCAUUCCUUCAAUGGUGAAAUUAUCCAUCCAUGACAUUUUUAUGACAUUAUAUAAUAAUUAUGUUUAGUAAAGGCAUAAUUGUUCACUGUCAGUAAUUUGACACUGAAAUAUCUUUAAAUACCAGUCAACAGUACUAAAUGAAAAAAAAUAUGACAGAUCCCCUAUACAAUUUUAAGGAUACAAUGGUUCAGUAGAUAUUUGCAACAUUAUGUUUGUGUUUGGACCGUAUAGUCAGCCAGAUUAUUAAAGCUACAUACCUCCAGAUGAGCCAAAAUAUUUUAAGAAAAUCAAAUUUGAGAAAAAUGUUCUAAGAUUUUAAGAAAAGUUAAAAACAUUCAAGAUUCAAGUAGUAAGUUACAUGUUAUGUUCGAUUACUGACUGUUAUUGCAGUAUUAAUCACCAAAUGUCUACUGCAUUACUAACGUUAUUUGACCUCUGUUUGGUUAACUUAUGUGGAUUAAAAGUGCUGUUUGCUAUGUGUAAAUUACUUUCUUUGUUCACUUCAUAAAAUUUUACUUUUAAAUAAAUCAUCAAAAUUUUCAUAAAAAUUAGCAUGAAUCUGGAGGCAUGCUGCUUUAAACAGAGUGUUUUAUAUUGACACCAUAGUAUAUUUAAUUUAAUGUAUAUUUAGAUGAAAUUAAUAUAAUUAUUGUGCCAAUACUAGGGAGUGAAUUGUAAUAGCCAUAUUUUCAUCAUUAUAUCACGUAUAAAUCAAAGGAGUAAAUUGUAACAGCCAUGUUUUUUGAUUAUUUUAUAUAAAAAUGGAACUUUUUAAAGUGAAAUAUUUUUCACUGUUAUUGAUAUUAUAUAUUCAUUGGAUAUUCAGAUGUUUUAAAGUUUAUUUGGUUAUCUUUGCAAAUAAUUUAAGUAAAUACUAAGAGGAUAUAUUUUUUCGUUUGAGUGAAAUAUGGAAUAAAUUUUCACGAAACAUGAUAAAAUGCCUCAUAUUUCCGCGAGCCGGGAUGGCUAGUGAAAAUAUGUGGCAUUUUAUCAUGUUGAGUGAAAGUACAUGUAUAUACCAUAUUUCACGAAUAACGAAAAAAUAACCUUUUUAUUUAAUUUCAUUAUCAAAGAAAAAUGGUCACGAACACCCUUGCUUGCUAAGCAACUGCAAUUGUACAGCGCGCAGUAAUAUAAUUAUUGUCUUGUUUUGCACUCGAUAUUUAGCGCUAACUUGUGACGUCACGUAAACAACUCUUUAAACAUCUAUACAGCGUUAAUGACUGAAUUAAAGAUAUUGGUGUUCGGAUUUAUUUUCUUAGUUAGUCCAAUUUCUAUCGUUCUAGAUAGUUUUCAAAACAAAAUUCAACCAAAGUUAUUUUAUAUUUAUCAGAUUUUUCAAACAAAAUGGCGAAAGAGGUCCCUUAAAAUAAAUAUGAGUUUUGACUCCGCCCACUUUCAUAAUUACAUUUCAUAUUUAUUUUUAAAAAAAUAUGAAAUAUAUUUGACUGAUAUAGUACCAUAUUUCAUGGGUAAAAUUAAAUAAAUGUACAUAUUCAGUUGUGUUGUCAGUCAACUUUUUCUAGUGAUAUUUUACAUAUCUGUCUCCAUAUGUCAUUCAUUCUAACUCGUUUAAUUCAUUAUUAUUUUUUGUAAGUUAAUUAACAAGUUAUAUCAUAAAUUUUACUUAUAAAGAUAACCAUUAACAUAUGCUUCUUUUCAAUUAAGUACAACAAAAUAUGACAACUAAAAGAAAACAUUUUUUUUUUGUUCCAACAAAAACUUUUACAUUGUAAAAGUCAGUAUUGACCAAAUUAUUUCAUAAAUAAUUGUGGUAUAUUUGUAUAUAACAUAUUUGUUGUCAUUUUGUAUGCAGAAAAAAUUUUCAACAUUUUUUAUACAAAGAGAAGCAGUAAUAAAUAUAUUUUAUGUCACCAGACAAUGUGACAUCAUAUUUGACAUCAUGUGUCAAUAUUUUAUGGUCCAAACUAUUAAGUUCUGUCUCUUGUAUAAGGUUAUGUUGACAUUUUCUUUUAGCUCAUACUCAAUUCUCAAGUUUUUUAACAGGUCAAAAAUUGGGUCGGAAUGUACACUGACCAAUGGAAUUGUUCAGCUAAAAAAAAAAAGAGAAUGUUGCACAACAAAGGGUCCAUUUGGUUGAACAAGAAUAUUGGGCAAUUUAUUUAAAUAAUUUUGUUGUAAAUUUUAAAAAAUAACCUACACAUGCCCAAUGUGUUGUAUACUUAAUGUACUUUGUAGGAAGUUUAAAAUGCAUUUUUCCACGCACAAAAUAACAACAAAAAUAACGUUUAAUUGGAAUGAAGUUUUCAUUUAUCUACAUACAACAUAUUUGCAUAAAGUUAAUAAUUUUACCCAGACUACACCUGUUCUCUGUUUUGCACAUAUUUUCAUUAUACAUGUUUAUUUAUUGUAAAGAAUGUUCUAUGUAAUCCACCUUAGUCAUUAAUGUAUGUUUAAAAAAGCAUCAUUUUGUACAGGCAUUUAUAAAGGCAGCUUCUAUGACAUGUAUAGACGAUUUUAGUAAUUAGAUAAUAUAUGUAAUAGUUUUGACAUUGAAUCAUAUCAUAACUUGAAGUGUGAAGAAAUUAAAAAAAAAUAGAAAAAAAGUAACUAGAAUCAUACUAAAAGAUAUGUUAGGAUUGCAGCUUCCCAAAUAUUGUAUGUGUAUUCUGUUAUUCAAAUAAGAAAAAUUCUUUUAGAAUUUCCUAGAUUUUAAUAAACGUCUCCAAUAAAAGUAUUUUAUCCAAGGAUAAGCUUAAUAUGUUAAUGAAGAUGCAGCAAAAUUUCUAGAAAUGUAUAAGAUUUAACAGGCCAUGACCUUGACUUGUUUUGUGUGAGAAUAAACUGAAUUUACUUGUUUUAUUCACAUUUUUGUUUCCCAAUUAUAACAGAGAACUUUUUUUUACACAUAUUUUUUUGUCAUAUAUAGAUAAUUCAGUUUGACAGUAAGUGCCUUGGGCUAGCUGAUAGUAAUGUUACUAUUUCUAACACUGAUGUUUUGAUAAACUAUCUUGGAUCUAGGUGCAUGUUGCUGAAUGGCAGUUUAAAGGUCAAAUAAUUAUGCAAAUGUGGGUUGUUUCUAUUAAUGAAGAUGAUUUUUUGAUACUAUAAAUUUUAUUGUAUGAAUAGGUUCUCCAGAAUACAUGUACAAUUACAUUUGUACUUCCCCUUUGACCUGCUGAAUUGCUAAAUUUUUGUAAUGGACUUGCCCGGCUUUGAUUUCGGAACAAUCCAUUUCAAGUUUAGGGGAUUCCAACAUCAAAAAUACAAAAAUUAAGCUACCAACAGUAUAGAACCUUGUCAGACUGCAGGGAUGUGAAGGCUGGGCUGGCUACAUUGUAUGAAUAUAGGGGUGGGAAAGGCUAAUCAUCUUAGGUCCAGUAGGUUUUGGGUGAAGAAAUAUUACAGUAGGGUUAUACUGACCACACUUGCUGAUUUAUUUUCAUAUAUCUAUAUAUAAUUAUUUGUCUGAUUUCUACCUCUUGUAUCUGUUGUUGUUGUCUUAGAUAUUUAUCUUUCCUGUGAUACUAUAUAUUACUUAUAAACUGACAAAUUUAAAGAUGUUUUUAUCAUGUAAAAUACUAUGAAUUAUUAAGCAUAUCUUUAUAAAGCAUUUUUUUUAAAAUUGUAAGUGGAAUUUUAGUUUUCUGACUUUUUAAUACUAAAGUCCAAAUUCUAAGCUCAAGUCAAAUUUUACAAAAUUACGUAUAUGUAAAUGAUGGGGGGAAAAAUGUCAUCUUGUAUUGUAAAUGGGAUUGUUUUGUGUAAUAAUUGAAAUGUUCUGUAUAUUAUUCCACUCCCUUUAAUCAAAAUCUUCUAUUUUUAAAAAUUCAAUUUAUUUUAGUUUUUAUCAUAUUUAGAUGUUUUAAAUUGUGUUCUUUUAACAAUGUACAAUGCAGUAUAAACAUUCUAUUUUGCAUAAUAGGUGGAAAUACAUGCAUGUUGUACAUUGUAUAUGCAUUGCAGGUUAUUCAGGCAAAAUGACUUACUAUUUUCUUAUAUUUUUAGCUUUUCUGAUUUAAUUUAUAUAGCUGCUUUUAUUGGGCAAAAAUAUACAAGUCUUAGAUAUUACUAAAUGUAUGAACACAGUGUUCUGGUAAAAUUAAGAAAUAAUAAAAUAAAGUUUCAGAUGAGAUAAAAAUGAGAUAAUUGUCGUGAAAUCAUGUUAUUUGUAUGAAUAUACUAUACACAAUGCAGCUUGUUAUGUAUUCAUUUAAUUUCAUUGAUAUAAGAAUUGUCAAAUAUUGCUUAGUUUUUAUAUCUGCUCGAUUUAUAUCUGCUCGUAAAAGUUUUAAAAUAAAAUAUUUCAUGAUUAA